CCUGGACAUCAACCCCUGCCCCAAGCACGCAAUAAACACUGACAAGAAAAAGUUUUUAUUUCCUGGUUCAACUUUUUUUUUUCCUGGAAUACGGACUGAAGAAUGGGAAUAAACUCGAAUAAAUAGCAGAGCCAGGCCGCGCGCUCCGGGAUGCGCCUGGCUGCGGCCGCCGGGCUAUUGUCUCGCCGCCCCGAAGCGGCCCCGGCGUCCUCCUCCGGUUCCUUUCCUCUCCCCGGCCUUUUCGGCUUUGCUUUUUGAAACGGCGCCCCCUCCAGCCCCCUCGCCGGUGACCUUGGCCGCCUUGGAUGCUCUCUGAUUCCGCAAGGCUCCCUCCAACUUGCCCCCGCGCCUGCCGGGCCCAUGGCCGCGUCGGAGGACGGGAGCGGCUGCCUUGUGUCGCGGGGCCGGUCGCAGAGUGACCCCAGCGUCCUCACCGACUCCUCGGCCACCUCCUCCGCGGAUGCCGGGGAGAACCCAGAUGAGAUGGACCCCGCCCCCCCGGCGCGCUCGGGGUGCCUGGUCCCAGGCCCGCGGACGCCCCCCGCGAGGAGGAGCAGCAAGCUGGCCACCCUGGGCAGGAUCUUCAAACCCUGGAAAUGGAGGAAAAAGAAAAACGAGAAGCUGAAGCAGACGACAUCCGUGCUGGAGAAGAAGGCGGCCGGCCGGCAAGGUCGGGAGGAGCUCAUCAAGAAGGGGCUGCUGGAGAUGGUGGAGCAGGAUGCUGAAAGCAAGGUGGGCAGCCCUGGCGGAGGCCCCCGAGCCGCGCAGAGUGAGCCACCCGCCCCCGGGCAGGAGGCCCAGGCUCCGGAGGAUGCCCAGCCGGGAAGGCCCCCGGCCGCCGGGACAGAGCAGGCUCCCCUGGACCGGCCGCUGUCCGCGGACAGCCACGCGGAUGACGCAGCCAAGACGCCCUCGGCCUCCAGAGGUGGAGGAGCAGACGCUGCCAGCGGCCUUCCGCCUCCCACCGACGAGGCCCCCCAAGCCUUAGCUGGGCCCAACGCCCUGGACAGUCCUCCCGGAACCCUGGAGAGGCCCAUGGUGGGCCAGCUCCCCAGCCCCCCGCUGCUGCCCACCCCGCCGCCCAAGGCAGGCGCCAAAGCCGCAAAAAGCAUCACAGGCCAGGCCGUGCUCUUCCAAGAUGCCAGCGGGAAGAACACGGACCCUCCCGUCCGAGGACAGCUGUCCACGCCCACGGGGUCUCCGCAUCCCUCCACCGUGCACCGGCCGCUGCCCCCCAGCCGCGUCAUCGAGGAGCUGCACCGGGCGCUGGCCACCAAGCACCGCCAGGACAGCUUUCAGGGCAGGGACGGCAAGGGGUCCCCGAAGAAGCGGCUGGACGUCCGCCUGUCGAGAGCGUCCAGCGUGGAGCGGGGCCGGGAGCGGGAGGAGGCCUGGAGCUGCGACGGCGCCCCGGAGGGCACGCGGGCGGCGGCCGCGGAGUCGGAGGAGAACAAGGAGAACCUGCUGGUGCGCGCGGAGCUCCCGGACGACCUGCUGCUGUACCAGGACGAGGAGGCGCUGAACGACUCGGUCAUCUCCGGAACGCUGCCCAGGAAGUGCAAGAAGGAGCUGCUGGCCGUGCGGCUGAGGAACCGGCCCAGCAAGCAGGAGCUGGAGGACCGGAACAUUUUCCCCAGGAGGACGGACGAGGAACGGCAGGAGAUCCGGCAGCAGAUCGAGAUGAAGCUCUCCAAACGGCUGAGCCAGAGACCGGCCGUGGAGGAGCUGGAGAGGAGAAACAUCCUGAAGCAACGGAACGACCAGACGGAGCAGGAGGAGAGGCGGGAGAUCAAGCAAAGGCUGACGAGAAAGCUCAAUCAGAGGCCCACGGUGGACGAGCUCAGAGACAGGAAAAUCCUGAUACGCUUCAGUGACUACGUGGAGGUGGCGAAAGCCCAGGACUACGACAGGCGGGCGGACAAGCCCUGGACGAGGCUGUCGGCCGCAGACAAGGCGGCGAUUCGGAAGGAGCUCAACGAGUACAAGAGCAACGAGAUGGAGGUGCACGCGUCCAGCAAGCACUUGACCAGAUUCCACAGGCCAUAGAGAUUUUCUUCUGAGAAGAAUUUGUGUUUAAUUUUUGAUACCAACACUGAACACUCAUCAGGGAACUUUCCUGAAGCUCUGCCCGACUCCCCGCCGCGCGUGAGGGGCGCGGACACGC